AAUUGCUUGACGCUAACGCCAAAGCAACAAACAUGUUGAGAUAUCAAAGUGCCCUCGAUCAAGUUGUACAUCCAAACCAAAAUUUUGAGGAGUCGUUGAAAUUAAACAAACAUAAAUUAAAUUCUGUUUUAGUUAACAUCAACACCCCCAAGAGGGUUAUCAAAAAAUAUGGAGGCAUCAAUACGUUUUUGAAGCAUAAAGUGGUUCCUCAAAAUUUUAGGGAGUAUUUGAAAGAUUUUGGACAUACUUUACUCGUAACAAAAUGGCGUUGGAUAUGGUUAACUGUGAUCUUAGUAAAUUUGGCUACCUAUUUUUUGUUCAGUUUUUUUUGGAUGUGGUUAGCUUAUAUCAGCGGCGACUUUGAUCCAGACAACACAACACCAUGCGUGGUGAACACUAAAACGUUAACAGGAUACUUUUUGUUGAGCAUGGAAACGAUCACGUCUAUCGGUUAUGGCUACCGAUACCCGACAGAAAAUUGUAGGAAAGGGUGGAUUCUGCUUACAUUUCAGGCGCUGUGCAGCGUUGCCUUACAAGGGGUGCUAGUUAGCGCAAUAUACGUGAAAAUCUCGCGGCCUUUCAGAAAAGUAUUGAAUUCGUUGUUCAGCAAAAAGGCGGUGAUUUGUUUAAGAGAUGACCAGCUAUAUUUCAUCUUUAAAAUACAUGAUUUUAACAGUACCAUAUGGUGUGGAACUAAAAUAUUUCUCUAUUUUAUCGACAAGGAAGGAAGUUAUGAUAAAAAAUUUGAAAUGAAAGAAAUGAAGAUUAAACCUUAUGGAUCAUUAAUUUUCCCGCUAGAAAUUGAACAUGUUAUUGAUAAAAACAGUCCUUUAUGGAAGUUUGGUUCUAGAGAUAUUGCUACAAAAAAGUAUGAAAUAGUGGCAGUUGCAGAAGGUAGUUCAGUAAUCACAGGACAAGUAAAUCAAACAAGAACUUCAUAUAUCAGUGAUGACAUACUUUGGGGGUACACAUUUAAAUCUUGUGUGGAAUUUAACGAAAGCAAAAACAUGUACAAAGUUAAUUAUAAAGAUUUAAAGAGUGUUAUACCUUUUGAUACGCCUUUGUGUAGCGCCAAAAGAAUGGAGGAAGAAUAAAAUACUUUCCAC